AAUGUCAUUCAAUAUUGGUUAGCAGCUCAUUUGGUUCUCCGUAAACUUGACAACAUGAAGUUUGUAUCAAGCUUGCUCGCAUUUGGUUUGGCAGUUGCCCUACUAUUUUGCACUGCCUACUCUGCACUCACCCAUAGCCAAGCGGUAAACCGACUAAAGUUAUCUGGAGUAAAGGUCGAUUCGAAGUGCAGUGACAGAAAUAACCCAGAAUGUACGAGCCUUGCUGGAGUUAAGGUUACUACAAUUAAUGGACUGCAAAAACUUAAGCGACAAUCGUCUUGCCCUAUUGUCGUAGUAGGUGGAACUGAGACCGGACAUGUCAACCGAACUAAAAAAGCGCACUGGAACGGAUAUAAGGCCGACAUCAAGCCAAACAAAUGCAUAAACUCGUACAUUCGAAAAAAAUUUAAGGCAAUUGGGAAUCGAAGUGAUGAUGGGGCUCCACAGUUUCGCUCCCCUGCUAAAAACAUUUAUGCCGGCGAGUCAGACAAGUGGGAUAUUUUGUAUGUUUAACAGAUUUCAAUUUCCCAGUGUAUAUGUAACUCAAUAAAUUAUUGAAUCUGUGUCGAGCAUA